CUCGGCUUGAAAUCGUGCGUUCAAAUUUUCGGGGCCUGCUGAGGCUUACCGUAUUUUUUGUAUUCCCGAGAUCGCUGCGAAAAGAUAAUAAAUAAAAGCACGAAACAAACGAAUAGGAACCGACAGGAUGAGCGUCCUACUUUUGGUUUCGACUGUGAAUUGCUUUUUGGGCUAUGUGGCCCCGAUUACGAUAAGAUACAUAAUGACACAGCUGUUCUCUGGAGUCAAAGUGGAUCAGUCUCUACGUGCCGAACUGUACGCUUUAAAACGAGAACUAGCCGGCAUCUCGAUGGUAGAUGAAUUUUCAAAAUAUGCUAAAUUACAAAGAAAGUAUAACAAAUUGGAAGAGGAAUUAAAGAUGAAUAUGAACUUACGAUUCUCUUCUAAAGUGAAGACAAGGCUCACCGUCAAUUUUGCAUUUAAAGUACUUAAUGAACUUACGACGAUGACCCUGCUGUAUUUCUACCGCAGUUCACCUGUCAUUGUCCUACCAAAAGGAACGCUGUGGCCGCUCGAAGGCUUCUUCAAAUGGCCCUGCUCGCAAGAGGGUGCCAUAUCCCUUCUUACUUGGGUUAUCAUUACAAGGCUAGUCGUAUCGACUAUCAAACAAAAGGAUAAAUCCUAAUAUUAAAAACUACGACACGAGGAUGAAUAACCCACCAAUUUUUUUUAACUUGUAUAUAGUAAAUUAACGUGUUAUAAGAAAUAAAUUUGUAAAGAACAAAUUCGCUGUUUAAAUUCCAUGGGAAAAAAA